CUUCUUCGCUCUCGCGCCUCAAUCGCUGUGUCCUCUCCCAAAGCCAUUCUCAUGCCACUAAUGGCGAUCGCCGUCCCAUCGCCAUUUCUCCCCCUCUCCUCUCCGUCGCCCUCGUCCUCCUCCUCUUCCUCCCGCUGCUCCACCUUCACUGCCGCCGCCUCGUCCUCGUCCUCGUCCUCGUCCGCUGCUGCCGCCGUCCCCGCGGAGCCCCAUCCGCGCCCCCGUGAGUUUCAUUAUCCACGCGCCGAUCCCUCCGUCCGCUGGCCCCAUCUCAAGCUCGACGACUUCCUUGGUCCGCCUCAAUUCCCCGCCCCCGCCCCCUCCACGCCAACCCCCCUCUCCAUACCCGAGGAACCCGACGCCCGUCCCGUUCCCCCCGAGGUCCCAAGGACGGACUCUUUCGAGACCCUGGAGAGCAAGCAGAGCCGGACGCGCGCGAAGAAGAUGACGAAGCUCGCCCUCAAGCGCGCCCGCGACUGGCGGCAGCGCGUCCAGCUCCUGACCGACCAGAUCCUCGCCCUCCCCCCCUCCGCCCUCGUCGCUGACGUGCUCGACGACCGCCGGAUUCAGAUGACCCCCACUGACCUCGCCUUCGUCGUCAAGUUCGUUGGGCGUUCCAGCUGGGCCCGCGCCCUCGAGGUGUUUGAGUGGCUCACCCUCCGCCGCCGCCACGCUCCCGGCCCCCGCCUCCUCGCCGCCAUCAUCUCCGUCCUUGGCCGCGCCCACAAGGAUGCCCUUGCUGCCGAGGUAUUCCAGCGUUGCAACCCCGAUGACGGAGGCGCUGGCGCUGAUGAGCUCUCUGUCCAGGUUUACAAUGCAAUGAUGGGGGUUUACGCUCGGACCGGGAGGUUUGCCAAGGUCCAGGAGCUGCUGUCCUCGAUGCGGGACAGGGGUCUCGAGCCCGACCUUGUCAGCUUCAACACUUUGAUUAACGCCAAGGCAAAGGCGGGAUCCUUGGCUCCUGGCUUGGCGCUGGAACUACUCCAGGAGGUCAGAAGAUCUGGUCUGAGGCCUGAUGCCAUCACCUACAACACCCUCAUCAGUGCUUGCUCCCGUAUGUCCAAUUUGGAGGACGCCGUAAGCAUUUUCAAGGACAUGGAGGCCUCUGAAUGCCAGCCUGAUCUCUGGACGUACAACGCCAUGAUCUCAGUGUUUGGCCGCUGUGGGAUGAUUCUAGAGGCUGAGCGGCUCUUCCGAGAACUAGGUAACAGGGGCUUCUCACCGGAUGCUGUCACAUACAAUUCUCUGCUUUUUGCUUUUGCCAAGGAGUGUGAUGCGGAGAAGGUUGAGAGACUUUGUGAUGAGAUGGUGGGAGCAGGCUUUAAGAAGGAUGAGAUAACCUAUAACACCAUAAUCCACAUGUAUGGGAAACAGGGUAGGCUUGAUUUAGUAGUUCAAUUGCAUGAUGAAAUGAAAAAUGUCGGCUGCAAUCCUGAUGCAGUGACCUAUACAGUGCUAAUUGAUUCUCUUGGAAAAGCAAAUAGGAUAACAGAGGCAGGGAAGGUGAUGUCGGAAAUGGCUGAUGCAGGGGUGAGGCCUACAUUGAGGACUUUCGGUGCUCUGAUUUGCGGGUAUGCCAAGGCAGGCAUGCGGGUUGAGGCAGAGCAUACGUUCCACCGUAUGGUCAGGGCAGGCAUCAAGCCUGACCAUGUAGCUUACUCAGUAAUGUUGGAUAUCAUGUUGAGGUCCAAGGAAAUGCAGAAGGCAAUGGUAUUGUACCGGAGUAUGAUGCGAGAUGGGUUUAGGCCAGAUCAGGGCCUUUACCAGGCUAUGUUUGGGAUUCUCGCAAAGGGAGAUGAUGAUGGAAAGAUAGAUGAAAUUAUUAAGGACAUGGAAGUUGUGUGCAAGAUGAGUCCACAAGAGGUAUCCAGAAUUCUUGUCAGGGGAGGAUGCUUUUUCCAAGGAGCUGAGAUGUUAAAGAAAUCUGUUUCCUGUGGCUUUGAGCCUGAUCGUGAGUGCUUGUUAUCUAUUUUAGAUGCAUUUGCAGCAUCAGGGAUGCAAGCAGGUGCACUAUCUCUGCUUGAGUUUUUACGAGAACAUGCACCUGAUUCUAGUAGCUUGAUAAUGGAAUCUUCAAUAGUCAUGCUUUGCAAAAAUCACCAAUUGGAAGAUGCCAUGAUGGAGUACAACAAGAUGAAAAUGUUGAAUUUUGGGCAGUUUGGUCAAUGUUGUAGCCUUUAUGAGUACAUGAUUGCAUGCUUUGAGGAAGCUGGAUUUCUGUGGGAAGCUUCUCAAUUAUUUUCAGAUAUGAAGUUUCUUGGUCUUGAGCCUUCACAAGGUAUCUACAAGAGUUUGAUCUCCAUAUACUGCAAAGUGGGUUUCCCAGAAACAGCUCACAAUGUGGUAGAUCAGGCAUCAAGGGCUGGUAUAUCUUUUGAUGAUACUUCAGUUUCUGUCACUUUGAUUGAGACAUAUGGGAAACUAAAGCUGUGGCAAAGGGCAGAAAGCAUUGUUGGUAAACUCAGACUGCAUGAUUUUAUCGAUCGGAGUAUCUGGAAUGCUCUUAUUUAUGCUUAUGCCGAGAGUGGUCGCUAUGAGCAAGCAAGGGCAGUCUUCAAUAUGAUGAUUAAAAAUGGUCCUUCACCAACUGUAGAUUCCAUCAAUGGCCUCAUGCAUGCUUUGGUUAUUGAUGGGAGACUAGACGAGCUUUUUGUCGUCGUUGAGGAGCUGCAAGAUAUGAAUUUUAAAAUAAGCAAAAGUACUAUUCUUAUUAUGCUUGAUGCAUUCAUAAGAGCUGGAAACAUCUUCGAGGUAAAGAAGAUAUACAAUGGCAUGAAGGCAGCUGGAUACUUGCCUACCAUGAAUGUGUACAGUAGUAUGAUUACUUUGCUUUCUCGUGGAAAAAGAGUCAGAGAUGUUGAGGCAAUGGUAGCGGAGAUGGAAGAAGCUGGAUUCAAACCUGAUCUCAACAUCUUCAACUCACUCCUUAAAAUGUACACAAGCAUUGAGGAUUUUAGGAAGACAUUGGAAAUAUAUCGGAGAAUUCAAGAAGCUGGCAUUGAGCUGGAUCAAGAUGCUUACGAUACCCUUUUAGUGAUGUAUAGUAGAGAUGUGAGGCCUGAAGAAGGAUUUACUCUUCUAAAUGAUAUGAGGAAAAAAGGCCUGGAGCCAAAAUUAGAUACCUACAAAAGUUUGUUGGCUGCAUGUUGUAAGGAGCAGCUUUGGGAACAAGCAGAAGAGCUUUUUAAGAGCAUGCAAUCAAAGGGAUACAGACUAGAUCGCUCUUUCUAUCACAUAAUGAUGAAAGUAUAUAGAAAUUCUGGCGACCACUCUAAAGCCGAAAACUUGCUCUUUCAAAUGGAGGAGGUUGGUAUUAAGCCGACGAUUGCCACGAUGCACAUGCUUAUGGUUUCUUAUGGCUCUGCUGGGCAGCCUCAGGAAGCAGAGAAUGUACUAAAUAAUUUAAGAAGUUCUAGUCAGGAACUUACUACAUUACCUUAUAGUUCUGUUAUAGAUGCUUAUCUUAAGGUUGGUGAUUAUAACAUGGGAAUUACAAAGUUAAUGGAGAUGAAGAAAGAUGGUGUAGAACCAGACCACAGGAUAUGGACAUGUUUCAUUAGGGCUGCAAGUUUGUGUGAGAAAACAAAUGAAGCUAUGCUUCUGCUUGGUACAUUAGGAAAUAAUGGUUUUGAUAUCCCUAUAAGGCUUUUGACCAAGAAAACUGAGUCACUGUUCAUGGAGGUGGACCAUUUACUGGAAGAAUUAGGGUCUCUUGAGGAUAAUGCUUCCUUUAACUUUGUCAAUGCAUUAGAAGAUCUUCUUUGGGCAUUUGAGCGCCGAGCAACUGCGUUGUGGAUAUUCCAACUAGCAAUCACUAGAAACAUAUAUCGUCAUGAUGUCUUCCGGGUUGCAGAAAAAGAUUGGGGUGCUGAUUUCCGGAAGAUGUCAGCUGGUGCUUCUCUUGUUGGACUUACCUUGUGGCUUGACCAUAUGCAGGAUGCUUCGUUGCAAGGGUCUCCCGAGUCACCAAAGUCUGUUGUCUUGAUAACGGGAACUGCUGAAUACAACAUGGUUUCCUUGGAGAAAACUCUAAAAGCAUAUCUUUGGGAGAUGGGCUCACCUUUUUUGCCAUGCAAAACACGUAGUGGGGUCCUUGUGGCAAAAGCUCACUCGCUUCGGAUGUGGCUGAAAGAUUCUUCUUUUUGCUUGGACCUUGAGUUGAAAGACACGACUUCUCUUCCUCAGACCAAUUCAAUGAAGCUCACAGAAGGAUAUUUCAUGAGAGCUGGUCUGGUCCCAGCCUUUAAGGAUAUACAUGAACGACUAGGACAAAUAAGACCAAAGAAGUUUGCUAGGUUGGCCUUAUUGUCGGAAGAGAGCAGGGACAAGGUCAUCCAAGCUGAUUUAGAAGGCAGAAAGGAGAAGAUGGAAAAGUUAAAGGAAAAGGCAGUUGUUCGGUCAAGGAAACCAACAAGAUUCCACAGGAAGUAUCUUAGGCGUCAACAUAAAGCACAAACAACUUCAAAUUAAUGAAAGUUGUUGUUCUGCAGAAGCUUUGAAAUCUCAUUACUAUUAGCUUCCUAUUCAUACCUGUCAGGCAUCUGAGCAGUUAAGAUGGGAUUUUGAGGAAUGGAUGAGCUCUGGCCAAAAUGCCAAGGAACUUUGGUUGGUCAGCCUCGGGUUCUUAGCUUGUUGCUCUUCCCCUGAUUAUGUCUUGAAGCUGAUGAUCCUGUUUGCUCUACUUCUUCACAUGAGAAUGCGGGUUAGUUCAGCUUGGGCUUUUGCCAGUCAAAUCAAAUUGGCUGCACCAGUGGAACAAGGCAAAUCUUUCUCUUUCCAUACAAAAUACUUGUUGGCAGAACUCAUUCUUCAGUGAUCAGUGUGAUUGAUACACGCUCCAAAUAUGCGGCCAGUUAUUACAAUGGAUCAAAUGCUCUGUUCUGGAAAUUAUGAAGCAUUGCUCGUCUCCAUUGACAACACUCACAGAAGCAGGGGACCCUUCAAAGAAAUCAGACAAGGCCAGCUCAAGAUCCUCAACGCUGUACUUGAUGUACAUCUCCGGAUGCCUCCCGUUCUCCACGUGCUGUCGGUAGCGGCCAAGAAAGCCCCGGUACGCUGGCACCAACCUCUCGGAGAUGGAAAUCCGCAGCUCCUCCCUCAGCUGGGCGUCCGGGACAAACCACAUCGCCUGCGUCCGGUGAACCUCCUCGAACGCCGCAUUGAAGGCCCUGAAUCUCUCCCUGACUGUCGACCUGGACACUCCCGACGAGAGUGAGAGUUUGCCUGCCACGUGAAUACCUUCGUCCCUGAGGCAGUGGAGGAUGCUCGCCCAGGUAGCUCUCUGGUAGCCUGUGGCCAGCUGACGGUAUCUCCCAUUCAGCCUUCUCAAGUACUCGUCACCGAUCAUGGUGCGGAGCUCCGGGGAAGCCUUUACCUUUUGGACGAUGUAGUGAAGGUUGUUCAUGAAGAAGAGAUGCGAGAGGGCGUUGUCCUUGUA